AUGCAUCCCGGGCUGGCCGUGGGGCUGGUCUUCGGCGGCUGCUGCAGCAACGUGGUCUUCCUGGAGCUGCUGGUUAGGGAAUUUCCAGGAUGUGGGAACUUAGUAACGUUCGCCCAGUUCUUCUUCAUCGCCAUGGAAGGUUUCAUCUUCGAAGCAAACUUUGGGAGGAAACGGCCUGCAAUCCCGAUCAGGUACUACCUGAUCAUGGUGGCCAUGUUCUUCACGGUCAGCGUGGUGAACAACUACGCACUCAACUUGAACAUUGCAAUGCCGCUGCACAUGAUAUUUCGAUCGGGAUCUCUGAUAGCAAACAUGGCUCUGGGUAUCAUCAUCCUGAAGAAAAGGUACACCGUCUCCAAAUACACCUCCAUCGCCUUGGUGUCCCUGGGGAUCUUCACCUGCACCUUCAUGUCUGCCAAGCAAGUGACGUCUGCGCCGAACCCAAGCGAAGAUGAAGAGAGCGUCUCUGCCUUCAUCUGGUGGCUGCUAGGUAUCGCGGCGCUGACCUUCGCCCUUCUCAUGUCGGCCCGGAUGGGGAUCUUCCAGGAGACCCUCUACGCGGACUUUGGCAAGCACUCCAAGGAAGCUCUCUUCUACAACCACGCUCUCCCCCUCCCGGGGUUUCUGCUCCUGGCUCCAGACAUCCUCCGGCACGCUCUGCUCUUCAGCCGGUCCGAGCCGUUCCAGCUGCCGGUGUUUGGGCUCAGCCUGCCCACGAUGUGGUUCUACCUCAUCAUGAAUGUCAUAACCCAAUACAUCUGCAUCCGAGGCGUCUUCAUCCUCACCACCGAGUGCACCUCCCUGACCGUCACGCUCGUCGUGACGCUGCGCAAGUUCGUCAGCCUGAUCGUCUCCAUCCUGUACUUCCGGAACCCCUUCACGGCCUGGCACUGGCUGGGCACCUUCUUUGUUUUCGUGGGAACUCUGAUGUACACGGAGGUGUGGAACAGCCUGGCUGGCCUGCUGGAGCAGAAGCGGGCGGGGAAGAAGCUGGCGUAGCCGUGGACGGGCAUGGAAAAGCCCGCGGCUUCUCCCCUGGGAGCGAGACCUUUCCUGACGGAGGCUUUUCUAGGGCGAAGUGAAUUUCCGAAUGGAGGUUUUUCUAGGGUGAAGUGAAUUCCCUUCUCAUGGAGGUGGGGGAUUGAUUUUUGUAAUACAAAAAUAGCUGAUCUUGGCCGUGCCAAGCAGACGAGAAAGUCCCGGAAGUGGGGAGUCCUUGGGCUGGAUCCUGAGCGUUCUCCUUUGCUUACACCAAUGAAACAUCAUUGCCUAGACCAAUGGGGUGCUGUUCCAGAGUAUUACGCAAUUAUGAACCAGCACUCCCUGUUUUCUUUUUCUUUCUUUUUAAUGGCUGCUGAAGUAACAAGCAGUGUUGAUGAGGUGAGCCAGCCCUGUGCAGGUCCGUUUUUGCCCCCUGUAUGGUUUAGGUGCCCGACGUCACGGGGGUAGCUUGUCACGCUCCUGAGGCCUCGCAUAGCAACCCUUCCUUUGCAUCAUGACAGUCGCCACCCUGAAAAGCCGAAAGAGCACAAAUAGAAAUGCUGAAUCUAGGAAAUUAACGUGUGCAAGUCACCACGAGGUAACCUGUAAAGCACACCUUUUCUUUAGGAAAUGCAAAUGCUGAUUUGGCAGUGAAUAGUCACGCCCCUCCCAAGACAGGCACAGCCUGCAGAUGAAUUACACGCCACACCAAAGCCCGUGGUGAUGUUCGUGGCAUCCUAAAAAAAUGUAAAAUGCUAUUACCGGGGGAGGAUGACAGACCCCAUGAUCUCGCACGCUGGCUUCCCGUGCUCUCAAAAGGUGCUGUAGGUGUGUGGUGAGGCUCGGGUUUCAGUCGGAUCGGUUGUAAUCUCCACUCCGGCUGUUUCCCUUGUACACCAAAAGGCACUGAAUUGGUUCCAUGUGGAUUGAGUCUGCCAAAGUAUAUAGUUCCUGCUGAGUUGGUGAGCCUGAAUCUGUUGGCACAGAUGUGGGACUGAACGCUACUUCCUACGAAAAGCAAUUCCUCUGAGAAGAAAAGGGCAUUCCUUUUGCUUGCUUGUUUUGGGGAGGCCAUAAUUUGCCAUGGCCGUGAGAACUAAGGCGCAUUUUGGCCCUGAGGAAGGAGGAGGGGCCUGCUGCCCCCCACAUGCACGCGAGCUCAGAAGGAGCGUGGCCAUGGAAGGGGGGUUUCCCCUUGGAUCACAGCUGUGAGCUCUGCUCAGCAGCGUAAAAGCUUCAGGUGGGUGGAGUUGGUUUCCUCUGCAAAAUUCGGCUGGGGUGGCCAGGCAUUUUGUCAGGCUGUGCGGAAGUGGCACCUGGGAACUGUAAUCCCUCGUACAGAAGCAGCUUUCUAGAUGACCCUCAGUUGGGUUGUUACUCCCACUCACCGGAACUGGAAAAUGUGCUUUUUGGGUCCUUGCAUGUAGGAAGCUAGAUGCCAAGGAGAAGGGCUCUGGUCUCAUUCAGCUGACAUGCUAGUUUCUGCAAUGCAAGGACUUGUUGGGCAGGCCAGCCAGCCAAAAUGCCAGGCGGGAAGAGGCGAGCGGCAGCUCCGCUUUGCAGGUCAGUCAUCUUUUUGUUCCACAGCCUGUUCUUAGGUCGAAGCCUUGCCAUUGGUUGCAUUGCCUGGGAAUUAUGGGAGCUGUAGUCUGGAGUGCACCGGGUUGGACAAAGAAGUCUCCAAUGCAGAGCUUUCCCCCAACUUCGGUUCCCAGGAUUCCUGGGGGGAAUCUCUGCUUUUUGGAAACUAGCAUCUAGAGUAAAUUUCUGGUGUGGCCAUUCCCCCAAGACUUGGCUGUGGUGUUAGCCGUGAGGAAUGGGGCUGCUGGUGGGCGUGGGCGGCCUGGGUGAGAACUGUCCCUGUGCGAGUGGGCCAGGGUGGAAGGGCAGCGGAAGGAACUGUCUUGGCCAGGCGCCCCGUCCAGCAGCCUGCCUUGAUGGGCAGCCGCGUUCAGCCACGGGUGCCUCUCCCCUUAGGACCAUCUUGUCCCCUCGGCCGAUGCUCGCGUGGCUGGCGGCCUGCCUCUCAGCUGUGCUAAGCAGGAGGCAUGAAAAGCAUCUGGUGACACAUCGUUCGUUAAAAGACGUGGGGACACUGACGCCUUCGGUGUGUGCCUCAGUUCGGAUGACUGCUUGACAUGAACAACUUGUACAUAUGCUGAAAUUCGGGGUGCCCACGGGGCACCUCAUUCUAAUCUGUUCUUCUGCCCUUUUUAGUUCUCCUAGGUUUUAAUGUUAUGCCUGCUUUUUAAUUUAAAGCGACACGGCCAUCCGUUUCAUGCAUAUUUAUAGAGAACUGUUACGAGCGUCUUCAAAGGCAUCCCCGAACGCUAUAAACAACAGAACUGCAUUCUUUCUUCAUAUUUAGCACAUGUUACCCCUUUCUCCCGUUGGACACUGGAAACACCUUUUGUUCACACUGUAGUGUUAGGGCUUUCCAACUGCCGGAUGUUCUGAUGUCCUAGGAGCAUUGCAGCAUUUUUGGGUGCCGCACGCGUGUCAGGAAUUGGUACAUGUGCGUGUGUCCACCACUUCUGUACAAAAGUGGAUCUCCAUGUUUGCUAGUUGCCAGAAUAGAUCCCUGUGCUGGCAGAUGCUGUUCUGUGUCCAUUGGCUUUUGCUGUAUUUUCUCGUGCUUCACGCAUCCUAGGGCUGGUGUACUUCUUUCUGGGAGUACAGGAACAUACAGGAUAGGCCUGACUGUCUCAGGCAGGUGAGUGACCACAGGUAGCUUCACAGUUUAGGUAACUGUUAAUCCUGCCCCAAGAGGAUGGCAGCCAGGUCUCUCUCAUUGUGGUUAUGAUGGCGAGUAUUAGUUCUAUUUCUAUUAGCGGUUAAGAAAUUCCCUCCAACAACAGUCACACCAUCCUCUGAGAAUUACGUGUCAUGUAUUUCUUUUGGCAGCUCCCGGUUCCUUGCAUAGUCCUCACAUGCACCAGGGCAUAAUUCCUCUGCUUUGAACAGGUCUGUGCCCAACAUUUUGAGGAAGGAGCAUCUCGAAGGGUUAUCAGGGAUUUCAGAGAAACUUGUGCAGGGAGGGAGACAAAGAAGCUAGAGAUGGAAUCUUCCCUGUGUACUUGAAAUGGAGAAGGUUCAUAAUGUUUAAAUAAAAAAACUUGACUUCAAA